AUGGCCGAGCUACAGCCAGAGGCACAGCAGGACCAAUCGGGAAACCAGGCCUGGCCACAGGCAGGAGGGCAGCAGGGGCCGUCCGGGGGAGAGCAGCUGGAGCUGCCAAGGGAAGAGCGGCAGAAGCCGCCGGGGGUGGGGCAGCUGCCGGCAAGGGAGCAGCAAGCCGUGGAUGUGGAGAUGGCCGAGCUAAUGCCAGAGGUGCAGCAGGACCAAUCAGGGAGCCAAGUCCGGCUGCAGGCAGGAGAGCAGCAGGAGCUGCCGGGGGAGGAGCGGCAGGAGCUGCCAACAGGAGGGCAGCUCGAGCUGUCGGGGGGAGGGCAGCAGGAGCUGUCGGAGGGGGAGCGGCGGGAGCUGCCGGCGCGGGGGCAGCUGGAGGUCGCUAGUGCGGACUCUACAAGCCAAGCGAAGAGAACCCGGGCACGGGGCCGAGGCGGGAGACGACACGCCCGUAAGACGCAAGGGCAAACUGGAAGCGGAGCUGCCGCACAGCAGGCGGAGGGGCAGCCGGGGGCGACCGAGACACCCCCGGGAGCUCCGCGGGUGGGGGGGCAGCCCUGGGUGCCCGGGGCGCCCCAAGGAGAGCAGCGGCCAGGGGAGCUGCCGGGGGUGACUGGAGCACCCCAGGGAGAGCAACAGGCAGGGGGGCAGCCGAGGGUGCCCGGAGCACCCCAGGGAGUGCAGCAGGCGGGGAUCACAAACACUAUGGCGGGCAAGGUUUAG